AUGUUCUCGAACGCGUUAAAGUCCAUCUCGUCGACCAACAUCACUGGCAACUAUUCCAUAUCCCAGAACUCGACCUCGACUGCCGGCCCCUGGAAGAUUUAUGAUGCCAAGAAGAAGUCGACAGGCAAACCAUACUCGGUCUUUGUCUUUGAUCGAAAAACCCUCGACUCGCACGGAAGCUCGCUCAGUCGGUCGAGUGCCUCUACUUUCAAGCGCACCGCCGAUGAGGUCGUUGACCGUCUUAAACGGGAGGCCUCGGCCCUGGCCCGUCUCCGCCACCCCAGCGUCCUCGAACUGGUCGAGCCUGUCGAGGAGACCCGGGGCGGGGGUCUGCAGUUCGUGACGGAACCCGUCACUGCGUCGCUGGCGAGCUUGCUGCAGGAGAAGGACAAUCAGGAGCGGUCCGGCGGGCCGGGAGGACGCUCCAGUCGCUAUGUCACCGAGGACUCGGAUGGGACGCGGCGGCGUAGGGAAAUCGAGAUUGACGAGCUCGAGAUACAAAAGGGGCUUUUGCAGAUAAGCAAGGCGCUCGAGUUCCUGCACGAGAACGCCGGCUUGGUGCAUGGUAAUUUGACCCCUGAUGCUAUCCUGAUCAAUGCCAAGUCGGACUGGAAGAUUAGCGGCUUGUCAUAUUGCAGUCCAUCCGAAGGUUCUACAAAGCCAACAUCCUUCCAGCCCAUCAGCCUGUCAGAAGUCCUCAACCCAGACCCAAGGCUUCCACGUUUCGUUCAAAUCAACCUAGACUACACCUCGCCCGACUUUGUCAUGGACAACAACCUCACUACCUCAGCAGACAUGUUUUCAUUGGGUAUAUUGGCUGUGGCGCUGUACAAUUCGCCUCACAAGUCUCCCAUUGAGAGCAACCAAAGCCUCUCCAGCUACAAGAGGGUCUUUUCCUCGUCGUCUACCACUCCUUCCGCCAACAACAACUUCUGCUCGGCACGUCCGCUUCCCAAGGAAUUAUCUCAGCAUGUUCUGCCCCGGCUGAUCACCAGGCGACCAGCACAGCGGAUGACGGCCAAGGAAUUUCAGAUGAGCGAGUAUUUUGACAACGUAUUGGUCUCUACCAUCCGGUUCUUGGACUCUUUCCCAGCCAAGACGCCAAAUGAAAAGGCGCAGUUCAUGAGGGGCCUAAACAAGGUUCUCCCGUCUUUCCCCAAGUCAGUGAUGGAAAAGAAGCUUCUUCCGGCACUAUUGGAGGAGUUGAAAGACAAAGACCUGGUAUCGCUCAUCCUGCAAAACGUCUUCAAGAUAAUCGACCUGUUGCCAUCAGGAAGGCGAGCUUUUGGGGAUAGAGUCCGAGCCAAGUUGAAAGAGCUCUUUGUCACAAACGUAAAAAAUGCUCAAGAAAAGGACCCGGCGCGAGACGCGGGUCUGAUGGUCGUAUUGGAGAACCUGGCCACCAUUGCCACUAUAUGCGGUGGGAAAGAGUUCAAAGACGAUAUACUCCCCAUUGUCGGGACGGCUCUAGAGUCUCCAACGCCGUCAGUGAUUGAUGCGGCAUUGCGAUCGCUCCCGGUGAUUCUGCCGGUGCUUGAUUUCAGCACUAUCAAGAAUGAGCUCUUCCCAGUCAUUGCGACUAUUUUCAGCAGGACAAACAGUCUCGCAAUCAAGGUUAGAGGACUGCAGGCGUUUGUUAUACUGUGCGGUGGCUCCAACGAUCCAAACGACGACGAUGGCCUUGAUGGACUCAACGAGCGCAAAGCGAAAUCGUCAUCCUCGAGUGCGCUGGACAAGUACACAAUGCAGGAGAAGAUUGUUCCGCUGAUCAAAGUCAUCAAGACCAAGGAGCCAGCCGUGAUGAUUGCAGCGCUGAAUGUACUGCGUGUCGUUGGCAAAAUAGCCGAUGCGGAAUUCGUAGCCAUGGAAAUCCUCCCGAUAUUAUGGACCAUGAGUCUCGGUCCGCUGUUGGAUCUGAAGCAGUUCCAGACGUUUAUGGAGCUCAUAAAGUCACUAUCGAAGCGUGUCGAGGACGAGCAGAUCAAGAAGUUGCAGGAGCUGGCGGGUACGACGAACGGCAGCACAGCAGGUCCGAAUGACGACUUCAUGUCGUUUGGCGGAGUCACGGGUACUCAGUUUGAUGCCACAAGUAAUGGUGGGGAUGACGACUUUGAGUCUCUGGUCAAGGGCAAACCGUCAGGCUCUUCUACGGCGAACCCCAUGGAUUCCGGAGGAUGGGAUGGCAUGGCAUUGGGGUCGGGAUCCAACGUAACUUCUCCUGGUGCCAAACCUUCGGCCAAGUCGCCAACAACUGCGCCGACCUUCUCAUGGUCGACACCGAACAACUCGACUCCAUCUCUCCCAGCCACUGUCAAGGCGCAGGCCUCGUCGUUCAGGACGGUGACGCCCGAUCUUGGCGGUUUUCAAACUCUGGCUCCUUCGAACACGCAAUACUCGCAGCCGCUGCAGCCACAAUCAGCAUUUGCGCCGCCUCCGCCAGCGUCAUCUACGCCCGUGGCCAGCACGACAGGUUCAAUUAACUGGUCCUCGGCAGCUACUACACCAGCGGCAGCAAACCCUUGGGCUUCCUCUGCCUCCUCGACGUCGAAUCCUAUCUCACCACCACCGGCGACAUCCUCAUUCGGCGGCGGGCUUAACUCAUCCAUGUCAUCACUAUCGAUGAACUCCAGGCCGGCCAUGUCGCAGCAGACUUCCUCCUUCUCCCUCCCCCCGCCGCCUUCGAGCAAUUCGUCUUUUGGGGUGGGUGGCAGCGGCAUGAGCUCUGGCAUGUCAUCUUUUAGCCUCGCGCCACCGCCCUCUGCGAGCACACCACAGCCGUCAGCGGGCCCCAAAUACGGAGCGGGCCUCGCGUCGGGUGGCACAGCUCAGGGUAUGGGCAUGGGCAUGGGCAUGGGCAUGGGCAUGGGUAUGGCCAACAAUAGCACGAAUUCAAUGUCGGGAUCUGGGAUGGGGAUGGGCAUGGCGGCUAUGAUGGCCCAGCAACAACAAAAACAGCAAACACAAACACUGCCACAGAGCAACUCCGGCUCUGGCCUGGACAAAUUCCAGAGUCUACUGUAG